AUGGCUCCGUGUAAGGCUCUGUAUGGGAGGAAGUUUCAAUCUCUACUAUGUUGGCAUGAGGCUGGAGAAUCAAGCCUAUUAGGGCAAGAAAUAAUAGCCGAGACCACUGAACAGAUAAAGAAGAUCCGAAGCCGAAUGCUUGUAGCUCAAAGCCAUCAAAAGAGUUAUCCUGAUUGGAGGCGAAAGCCUUUAGAAUUUGAGGAAGGAGAGCACGUGUUCUUGAAAGUCACUCUGACAACCGGUGUGGGCAGAGCCAUUAAGACGAAGAAACUAAAUCCACGUUACAUCGAACCGUUUGAAAUUUUGAAGAGAAAUGGACCGGUGGCCUAUAGAAUCGCUUUACUACCGCAUCUUUCAAACCUACAUGAUGUGUUUCAUGUGUCACAGCUUCAGAAGUAUACUCCUGAUACAAGUCAUAUUUUGGAACCGGAAUCGGUUCAAGUAAAAGAGGAUCUGACGCUUCCAGUAACCCCGGUUAGGAUUGAUGACACCAGUAUCAAGUGUUUGUGUGGGAAAGAAGUAUCAUUGGUAAAAGCAGCUUGGAGUCGGGCUGGUAUUGAAGAGCAUGCUUGGGAGCUUGAAUCGGAUAUGCGGAAGAACUGCCCACUACUCUUUUCAGGUAACUAA